AUGACCGCCACCGCCACUGCCACUACCUCCCCCGACGAACCCAUAACGAUCCAGCUCCAAUUGCAGUCCUCGUCCACUGCAGCCUCCCCGCCCCCUUCGUCAUCGUCCGCCACGCCGUCCAUCACGUUGCCUCGCUCGUCGUCGGUGCUACAGCUCAAGCAGAGCAUACAAAAGCAAUGGGCCAGGCACCCGUUGCCUUCAGGGAUCACCUGUGUGUUGGGAGGAAGGGUCGUCAGGGAUUCAGAAGUGUUGAAUGCGUUAUUUGAUCAGGUCAGUUCCUCCUCAGUCUGGGUUCGUGCUAUCGUCCGUGGGUCGGGCUCACCCCGGUCCCAUUCGGCCAUCGUGGGCGCUGACGUGGACAUGUCCUACUCCAGGGCGAGGCACAAGAUCCGAUCGAACCCAAACUGUUCGUGAUCGUCAAACCGGAUGCAUGGACCGUGGCUGAACCCAUCGGGACGAUCAAUCAUCAUCAGCCUGGGUCAUCGUCAUCGUCAUCGUCCGCGGCCACGUCGACACCACCUCCUAUCCCCGUGAUGAAUACUGGCUCCGGGGGGGACACAUCACCAGCUACGAACGCUUCUCUUGCUGGAUCUUCCAUGCCACCUGCGGCUACAACGCAGGCCACAUCGACAGCUUCAACCCCCACCCCUAUUACGUCGCAACCCCUUCCCCCACCCCCGACCCGAUCAGGCUACAACCCGACCUACAUACCCUCCAUCACCACCCCUUCUCUCGUACCUUCCUCGUCACCUUACUUUCCCUUCCUCACCCACUUGAACGCCCUCCCUCCCCUCGAACGCACGACCUUCUUCCUCCAUCUGAUCCAGGUCCACGCUUUCUACACCGAGGACGUCGAGCUGCGUAGUCAGAGAUUCCAAGAAUACUCCGCGGGGUCGAUCGAACGCGCUAGAGUAGGCAGGGUCCUCAUGGGCUUUGGGGAGGAUCAGAAGGGACAGGUUGAGCAGUUGCAGAACGCAUUCGAGAUGGAGGGCGUGGCUGAGAUGUUGAAGGAGAUUGGGCUGUGGAGCUUGGUUGAGAAGGAUAUGCAGAGGGCUCAAGAGGAGGCCAGUUUAUUGGGUGGCGGGAACUAUGAGGUGGAGAAUGGGGGUGAUGAGGGUGGUUUCAAGAUGGUGACAAUCGAGUGAGUCGCGUCGUUCGGAUCGUCGCUCGAGAUCGCUUUUGCUGACUGUAGCCGCACACCUUUUCCGUCCCAGUAACAAACCUUAUCUACUACACCAACCUGCUCAAGCCAAGACCGAAUCACCCACUACGUCCGAACCCACGGACCAUCAAGCACGCUACCUCUCCCUCCAGCGAGGUCGAGCGAUCCUCUCGAUCCUCUCAACCAUGAUCCACCUCUCCCUAUCCGCCCUUGGCGCCUCCUCAACCCCACUCGAAGUCGGCGUUUCAGCGCACCACCGACCCCUCAUUCACCAAAUGCUAGGUCUUGCCCCUCCCCCACCGCAAGCCGGUGCCCGAGCCCCUUUACUAGGUCCCCACGGCGCAUUGAACGCCCUUGCGCCCCGUCGUCGAGGUCUGACCAUCUCCAUCGUCCUCAAUCUCGAGGUACUCGUUUCCCUCUUCGUACCCCUCCUCAUUCUAUCGACCAAAUUGGCGUUCUUGCUUUGGAUAUUUGCGCGACGAGCUUCGACGACCAAGCGAUGGGUCUUGGUGGGGUUGGCGGGAGGAUGGGUCCUCUGGGAGGGGUGGUCGAUGUAUAAACGACGGGUGGCGGUCGUGAGGGCUCGAAUGGCCGCUGCGAACAAUGGAGCUGGCGGAGUCGCGGCUGGUGGUGCAGCGGGAGGCGAAGCGGGAGCGGAUAGGGAGAGAGAGAGGGAUCGCGAGAGGAGGAGGAGACGAGCUGCUGCUGCGGCGGCGGCGGCGGCGGCGCCUCCGUUGGCUGCUGAGGGUGGUGCACCCGGAGCAGCAGGAGGACCUGUAGGGAUCCCUUUGGAUAACCAACAACAGCAACCACAAGACCAACUCCGACGUCGCGCAGCUCGUCAACAACCCCCUCAACCCCAAGCUCAAGCAGCUCAGCCUAUUCCCGACCCCGGACGACCUCGAGCCCGAGCCCAUCGACAUGGUCACGGUGGUCGGCGACCUUCCUCAUCCACAACAUCGACGUCAAGCCUUUCACCUAAGUAUUGGAUCACGCGGAUCGCGUUGAUCGGCCUCGUCGAUGAAGCGCUGGAAUUGGGUCUUGCGCCUCGCUCGAUAGCGGGACGACCGGUUCAAUACGCCGGAAACACGUUCCCCGUUCCUGGUCAGCAACCACACCAACAACAGCCACAAUUCGUCCAACAGCCACAAGCCCAACAACCUCGCUCCACUCUCCGUUCAAGGACGUUGAAAACUUUCCUCAUCUGCGUCGUCCUCUUCUUCGGCACUUUGAUCCCCGAAGUCGAAAGGAAGAGGAGGAAGGCAUUGGAGAAGAGGACGAGGUUGUUGAAAGAACGGGACGAGUGGAUUGCGAGGAUGAGGGCGGUGGCGGAGAGGGCUGGUACGGGGAUGGGGACGGCUGCGGUCGGUGGAGCGGAAGCGAGUCAGGCGGGAACACCCACGGCUUCGCAGGGCGCUUUCGGUCGGGUGCGAGCAGAUGGCCAGGGUAGUUCUACUUCGAUUGCUGGACAAGAAGAAAGCGCCGUAGUGCAAGGUCGUCGUCUGGUCCCGGACGCGCAACUCUUCGCCGAUGGUUUGGGUGAACCCGAUCAACUGAGGCAAUACCAACAACGCCAACGCGAGAUAUCGCAAGCCCAAACCCAAGCUUCUGGAUCCACUCAAAGCGUCUCGGCAUCAACCUCCUCGAACGCACCACCUUCCACAUCGACCUCCCCCAACAGCGACACCGCCACCCCGCCUCCCACCGCAGGAGAUCUCAUCGAUUCCGGCCUCAAUACAGGUGAUAAUUCGGCACUCGAGGACGGAGAUGGGUAUGUCGAUCAUGAGCUUUUGACAGCUUCGGAUCUGGAAAGGGAUUUGUUGGAAGGGGAUGAUGGCGAUGAACAGGAGGGUGGAAAUGAGGGGGACGGGGAAGGGGAUGUAGAUGCGAUGGUUGGACUGUUUUAA